AGUGUGGGCGGGCCCCACUCAGAUGAGAGCGAGCGAAACACGACACCCCGAGGACGGAGAGAGGCACGGGGGGUGGGGGGGAGGAGGAGAAAGUAGCGCUGAGUGGUGUGAGAGUGAGUGGAGGACUAAAAAAAGUGUGUGAAGAAAGAGAGGCUCCUUUCUAACGUUAAUUUCUGUCAAAGAAGUAGCUGAGGCGGAGACAUGUCAAACAGCGACGAAGAUGCAGUUGAGACGGAGUAAACAGCUACCGGACAGUUAGCGGAGCAACUUGUUACAACACACGGAGAAAGGCUUCCCUGGUUGGCCUGAGUCGGGACGGUUGGCCGUUUUUCGCUGCAACUUGAACAGACCUCAACGCUACCGGACGAGAGAGGAGGACCAACGCGGUCGCUGACGGAAAACAAGCCCUUCGGUCGGUUUGGUUGUUUGGCAGAGUGCCGGGGAAACGGACCGAGAGAGCGCGGCGGCUCGAAAGAAGGGAGAGCUGCUAAAGCGGCAGCGACAAAAGUUUGCGGUGCGUCUUCACCUAGUUUUCCAGAUUGGAAACAAGAGCGGGAGUAAGAGGCCGAGAGACUGACUUUUCGUUCCUCGAGCAACUUGGUGGAAUUCUUCCAGUUUAGCGAACUUUACCGCCCUGUCAAGUUAGCUAAAGCAGAAAGAAUGAAAACACCUGGAGAUACUGGGUUCGCCUUCCCAGAAUGGGCUUACAAGCCUGAGUCGAGCCCUGGGUCCAGACAGAUCCAGUUAUGGCACUUCAUCCUGGAACUGCUCAGGAAAGAGGAGUAUCAUGAUGUCAUUGCCUGGCAGGGGGAUUAUGGCGAGUUUGUAAUCAAGGACCCAGAUGAAGUGGCCAGGCUGUGGGGGGCCAGGAAAUGUAAACCCCAGAUGAACUAUGACAAGCUCAGCAGGGCCUUGAGGUAUUACUACAACAAGAGAAUCCUUCACAAGACUAAAGGCAAGAGGUUCACCUACAAGUUCAACUUCAAUAAACUGGUUCUGGUCAAUUAUCCCUUCAUAGACAUGGGCUCUACUGGAGGCAGUGUUCCCCAGAGUGCACCUCCUGUCCCCACUGGUGCCGGGACCCACUUCCGUUUCCCUCCUUCCACACCUGAAGUCCUCUCCCCUAAUGAGGACCUGCGCAGCCCGGGCAUGUUCAGCUCAGUGGGCCGACGAAUGGCGCGUGGCUCCGUCAGCGAUUGCAGCGACGGCACCUCGGUUAAUUCUGAGAUCGAGGAGGGUAACACGGGAGCAGGAGAAGAGAGGGGAGAAAGGGCUGUGAGUGGAGGAGGAGGAGCUGGUGGUGGAGCAGGCUACCGUAGUAUCAUUCAUCCUCGUCUGUCUCAUGAAACCCUGUUCCGCAUGUACGGAGGGCCAGGUAACCCUGCUGGGCACCCAGGCUCCCGUGGCCACACCGGACACCGUAUCCAUCCCGAGCCCUUGUCCCCCUUCCCUGUCUCCCCUCUGCCAGGGCCAGGAGGUGCCAGCCUCUUAGCCCCUCCUCUGUCCCCAGCGCUCUCCAACCCCACAUCUCAUCUGCCCUACACUCCCUCACCCACUCUGUCACCCAUGUUAGGCUCACACUUCUCCUUCAACCCAGAGGACAUGAAGCGCUACCUGCAGGCCCAUACCCAGUCGGUGUACAACUACGGCCUCAGCCCCAGAGCUUUCCUCCAGUAACCCAACAUCGUCAUCCCUCAGCCCCACCGGCCCGCCGCCGACAAGGCCGGUCUGACAGCAGAGAGAGCCGCCGAAAGAGCUACAACGGCUGGGGGAGGAGAGAGAGGGGGAGACAGGCACCACCAUCCACCUCUUGCUCACUCCACCCAUCACCACCCGCAUCUUCCUCACUCUGCCCAUCCUCACUCGCAUUCCCAUCCCAUACAUCACCCGCUCCAUUUGGGUGAGGAGCCCCCACACAUGUCUCCUUCAAGUCAAGCUGCAGCCACCUCCGCUGGCAGGAAGCAGAGGGAAGGGCAAAGCCAGAGUAAACCCAGGCAAAGUUCACUGUCUUCAGGCUCAGGAUCCGGGUCCAUGUCCUCUACCUCUGGCCUGGGGUCCUCCCUAUCAUUCGGCAGUGACCUGAGCUCAGCCAGUGGCUCAGGUCUCAUCUCUGCCUCCUCUUCAACGCAGUCUCUAAACAGUGCCGGAUUACCCAGUUUUCAGGUGGAGCCCAUCUCUGAUAUAGAGUCAGAGGAAGAGGUGGAGGUAACUGACAUUAGCGAUGAAGACCCAGAUGAAAGAGAUGAGGAGUUUGAGCUCUUUUCCCCUCGACACUUCAGAGCAUCCAACCACCACCACCACCACCACCAUGUUAACGGCACGGCCACAACUCAACACCAACCCCAUCCUGAUGAAGACCUGGACGAGGACGUCUUCAAAGCCCCCGCUCCUCCUCCGCCAGGCCUGAUGCCUUUCUUCACCUCGCAGCACACACAGUCCAAUGCACAUCGCGGCCUCUCCGCCCUCAAGAGUGAACCCCCCGAGCCGGCUGAGAGCAGCACAUCCCCAUCCCAGAUGGCCUCGGCAGGAGCUCCCCAGACCAAGUGCAUCCCUCUCAAGCUCCGCUUCAAGAGACGCUGGAGCGAAGACCAGCGGAUGGAGGCCUCACAGGAGGAGUCGGAUGACAAAAUACGACCAGAGGAGGAGAGGGAAAGACAGAGGCAGAGUAACGGACAGAUGGAGAUGGAGGAGGAUGGGACAGGCAGUGGCGAAGGGGACAGUCCCCCGCUGGCAUAUGAGGGCUCUAUAGCAACACCACUGGCCUCACACAGUAGGGCAAGCGCUGAGUUGCACCGUGCCACUGCACAGCUCUCACUAGAGAAUAAAGACUGCUGAUGAGAGCCUUAGUCGAAACACUACUGCUCCAGCAGCACAGGAUGUAGUACAGGAGUAUGUAAAUGGUCCCUCUAUGAUCCCUCUCCCACACAGACAAACUAGAUCCCCAAAACCUCCAGUGACCUAAGAGCAGAGUCCAAGAAAAACACAAAUAUUUCCAGCAACUUAAAGACAGCCCGACUCUUGUUGUGUUAGACCCACUGAAAAUCCUCCGUCUAGAUCGGGGUUCUUCUGGGAUGCAUCAUGGUGACUGUAACAGCGCUGAAGUCAGAGGGAGACUUGCUCUGAAGCCCAAGUUCACCUCCCACCCGGCCAAUGAAGCUCCAGUAGCACAACGCCCACCUGCAGGCCCCUUCAGUAGGUUUAGCAGCCAGUCAACGCUCUCUUCAGGGGACUCAGGCUCUCUUACUGCCCAGCAGCACAUCAAGGACGACAAUGUGGACACCCAUGCUACCUUUAAUACAAGACAACGGGACUUUAAGUGCCUGUUUCUACAAACCCACAGCUCGUUACUACAGUGACAUGGAAAAAUGAGGGAGGAGGACUACUCUGAUCAUUAACUCAUGAGGGCCUUUUGGAAAAAAAAUCGGAUAAAAAUGAAAUUGUCUUGAAGACCAACGCGUGGAGCUGUUGGAUACUGUCGGACUGACUCUUAAACCUGGCCCACUCCACUCAGGGAAGCCUAUUGCUGUAUGUCUAUUGGAUCAUGCACACAAAUACACGCAAGCAAAAAAACAAAAAGCCCAAAAAACAGCGAAUGGGGCUGGUGGACUUUGGACACUCAGCAGACAAAUUCUGCUCAACAUACUGUUCUCUCAGACCUUAUGACUUUUAUAUAAUCUCCCUUCUGUCUCUCUCUAGUCCUGACCCUCUUUCUCUUGCUGUCCACCUGUGGAAAUAGCAUGACUCUAUAAAUCUAACCCCAGAGAGGAGGGAGGAGAGAAAAAGACGAGGAUGAAGAGGAUCUGCGGAGGGGACCGUAGGGGGAAGUCUGCGGGGGGGGGAAGAAGGGGUUUGUGGGGUUCCAGCAACUGUUAACUAGCCAUUUUUACCUCACCUAACAUGGCUUGUACACUGAAAAAAAAAUUUUAAAAAAGAAAAAAAAUCCCUCAAUUCUCAGCAGCACAGAAUCGUAGUUCACCAGCUAGAGCUCGUCUAACAAUCAUAUACGAUGUUAAACUAAACCAGCAAGCAUCCCCAUUUAGCCUUUAGCUCUGAAACAUGCUCCCUCUCCCUCAGACCGGACUAUAGUGGCGUCUCCCUCAGGACCUCAGGGUGUGUUUGACCGGCAGAUCUGUUAUCUACGUAGGUAUGAGAGCCUGAGAGAGCAGGGGGCAUCUUAAACACACACAAACACAAACACAACACAACACAACACAGCCUUUCUAUGCCUUGUUUUUAUAGCAUGUACAAAAGUGCAAACUGAGCUCUAAUAUCUCACAGACUAUAUCUUUAUAUAUGAAAUUAUUAAAGAAAAGUUACAUUUUAAAAGAAUCCUAGCAUUUUGAAGAUGCUAUUGAUUCAGGAUUAUUAUUAUUUUUUUUGUAAGUGGAUUAUUUUGAGUGGUCAUGCCGCUCACUACACAAUAUGGUAUUAUGGGUUCAGAAUGAAGAGGGGUGGAGGUCUGAGUUGUUUCUGGUGCAUUUGUUUCAUAGAUAAACAAGCCAGAGGAAAACAAACACGGCACAGGCCAGUCUAGGAGAACAAGACCAGCAAGAAGGAACAAAAAACGAUUCAGGACUCGAACAGACUGCUAAUGAUUCCAGUGUGUAGUUCACUCUGCUGUUCGCUUCGUUUGUAGGAGCUUGCCCUUUCUGCACGCCACCGCUCUGCAGUCUAGCUCAGCUCAGCGGGGUUCUCUCUGGUUUGAGCGGUCCUGUCCCCGGGCCACCUCUUCAGGCUGUCCGAGUGUCGCAGUUAGUUCAUGGGAUGUUAGGUAAGUAGUAAUCCUGUCUUGUCAUAGGCCAGUUAGCAUAACGCUGUGAACUUAAGGGUUUAGUCAUUACAGUCAGACCUGUGAGCCCCAGUCCUAAAACACCCUCGCACAUUCACUCACACACACACUCGACAUUUGACAUGUUUUAACAUCCAGGAAUCUGAUUGGUUAACUAAAGCGCGCUGACCGGCCGCCCGUCCCCGCUUAGCCAGCAACAACGUGGAUCUAUAGCAGCGAGCUGUGAGAUAGACGGCCUGCAGGCAGUCUGUGUAGCUGAGCUGAUCGAAUUUCCUCAUCAGACCCCUGUGGUCUGCCUGGAGCGUGUCACAACAUGAACACACUCCCUCACACCCAGCAGGUCCUGUGUUUGUAUUCCAUCUGACAGCUGCCUUACUACUACUUUUCAUAUCUCGGCUGAUAAGACGUCAGUCCUUCAUGCUCUCUCUUCUUUCAGUUUUCAUCUUUCCUUGCUCUGUUUCAGGAGUCAUCUAACCUCCUGCUGACUACUUUGUGAUUUGACUCAGUCAUAAUAUUGCGAGGUAAAGAAGGCGUUGAUUGAAAUCUGACUGAUAGACAAGUUCUCUUCCAUGUUUCAGGCCUCAGCAGUCAGAGAACAGUAUGCUAACAGCACAAAGAUUACAUUUCUCUAUCAGUAAAACAACGGUUUCCUUUAUUUGUCUGCUGUCAUGAUGCUAUUGAUUGUUGUUAUUGUUGUUAUUAUUGUUCUCAUUAGGUUAUUUACCUCUCCGACUGGCAUUAUUAUUCCAUGGCUCUGUUAGCUGUUGCUUUUUAUGUUGUGGACAUCACUUUGGAUGAUGUGGAAUGCCCCCAAACUCCAUUCCCUGUUUUACACCCUCUAGUUCCCGAACCAGAACCCCCUUUCUUGUCUUUGGUUUUUACAAAUGUAAUAUAACUAAAAUGUGUAAUAUUAAUUUUGAUGCAGACAGAAAUAACAUUUGGGAUGGGGCGGGGAGGGCAGCGGCAGAGGAUUUUAUUUUGGGGCACAGGGGGAGUGAUUUUAUCUUUUCUGUCUUGUAUUGUAAUUUUAAUUUUAUAAUGUUACUUUUUUCUCUCGCUUGUAUAAUUUUUUUUUUCAGGGUGGGGUGGGGCGGGUGUAUCAUUUUCAAAGAAUGGAAAGUAUGUGUAUUGUUUUACUGUGUAAAGGUCUAUCUUCUCCCUCUUUCAGUCUUUCACCUUAUCUCACCUGAGCGGUUACAUAACACUCAGAUGGAGAGAUGAGCGUUAAUACCAUGAUGUAACAUUGAAUUUCUCCUCUUCUUUUGUGUUAUUUUUUCAAACUUGUAAUUAAGCUGUAAUCAGGGUUAAUUAAAACCAGUUAAAACUCAA